AUGAAGGCAUCAACUUGCUUGCUGUGCGCGCUGCCUGCCGCUGCAGCCUUGGCCCCGGCGACGCGGCGGCGGGCCCUGGGCUGGGCCGCGGGCGCCGCGGCCGGCGUCGCCCUGCCGCGGCCGGCGGCCGCCGCGGACUUGAACAGCUGGAACAAGAAGCUCGACAAGCUCGGCCUGCCGCCGCUCGACAAGAUCCCGGGCGGCUUCGCGCCCGUGCUGUCGUCGGUGAACCAGGAGCAGUCGCUCUUCGUCGAGUUCCUGCGGCCCGACGGCUGGCUCGUCGUCAAGCCCUCGGUCAACACGAACGGCGAGGACGGCACCGUGAGCGCGGGCGACUACGGCAAGGGCGACUCGGCCGCGCUCUACGUGUCCGACCUGCGGCCGGCCACGGACAAGGCCUACUACGCCAAGCUCCUGAAGGGCGGCAUCGCCCAGAAGGGCGGCGGCGAGCUCUACCAGGAGUUCAAGGUCCGGAAGGUCACGCCCGGCGCGCCGACGACCGUGGACUUCUCCUACGAGCUCCUGACGGGCGCGGGCUUCAUCGUCGAGCGCCGGGGCGUCGCCGCCGUCACGGACGUCAACGGCAAGUCGCAGGCGUUAUUGGCCGUGACGACGUCGGCGCGCUUCAAGGGCCUCGAGCCGAAGCUCCGGACCAUCGCGGACUCGUUCCGGUGCUACGAGAAGGUCGGGUCCGUGCCGACGGACACGUUCGGCCUCGAGGACUAG